AUGCAUCCUGAACAUAUGACACAGUAUAACGCAAUUAUUCAGCAGCAGCUUCAAGAGGAAAUCAUUGAGUUAGUUCCGCUCGAACCUACGGGGCCCUAUCGUUUCUGUCGAAUAUUUUUUGGAGCCGUAUCAUCGCCCUUCUUACUCGCCUCUGUCAUUCGACAUCAUCUUUCGCAAUGUAGCUCUCGCUGGAGUUCAAAAAUAGCGGCCAAUAUUUAUGUAGACAAUGCCCUGUUACUUUUGGAAACAGAAGAGGAAGCACUCAAAGCGUAUCAGGAAUCGAAACAAAUUUUUUUAUCAGCUAGGGUGAAUUUACGCGAUUACAUUUCAAAUUCCAUAUUCGUCAAUGAGAAGAUUAAACAUGAGGGCCGUUAUCCCAAGCAGAACGUUAAAGUCCUUGGCCUAUUAUGGGACUCCUUCUCAGUGCCGCGUAGGGCUUGUACUGAAGAGCUUGAAUGGCACAUUUUUACAGCCUCGUCUCGCGCAUAUUGCGUAGCUGUUUAUGCGCGUUCAAGAACUGACAAUGCUUCUCCAAGUUCGCUCAUUAUUUCGAAGUGCUGCAUAUCUCCAAUUCAAGUAAUAUGCAUUUUACUUUAUGGUGCGAUAGCAAAUGCGUUCUUUCUUGGAUCGAAGCAAAAAUCGAUGACCGUUUACCACGGUUUGUUAAAAAUCGCCUCAAAGAGAUAA